UGAUAGCAAAACAGAGCCCAGAAUUGCAAACUUCUGGUUUGUUUGGUCGGCACUUUCGACGGGAAACGAACUGUGCCGUGCGAUAUCAUCAUGUCCUCGUAUCAUCUAAGCACGCGAGAACGGCUUCUGGCCAUCAUAAACGAUAUUGAAAUCGUUGCCAAGGAGCUGAUCGAGAACACAAUUGCUCCGAAGGCACAGAAAAUGUCCAGUGCCGAUCACGCCCAGUUGGUGGAGCUGCUCGUCUUGAAGGAUAAGGAACUGAAAUCAACGCUCCAGCUCGCAGCCGAACAGGCUGGUAUUGAAAAAAACAUGGACGCGCUACGGGAGCAGGUGCGGAAACAGGAUGAGGAGAUUAACCAGCUGCAGAAGCAGCUGAAGGAAGCGGAACAGAUUCUCGCAACGUCAAUUUUCCAAGCCCGUCAAAAGCUGGCCAGCAUUGCGAAGGCUAACAAGAGGCCAGUUUCGUCGGAGGAGCUUAUCAAGUUUGCACACCGCAUCAGUGCAUCGCACGCCAUAUGUGCACCGCUCACCUGGCAGCAGGGCGAUCUUCGUCGACCAUACCCUACCGAUAUUGAAAUGCGGCUUGGAUUUCUGGGCAAGUCGGAUCUCAACAUCAACGGCCAUAAUCCGCAACAUCCCAACAGUUUGAACGAAAUGCACCGAAACACCGCCGUGUCGGGUGCAGCCGGUGGUGGAGGUGGAACUGGAGCCGGCGGUGAGAUUCCGGCAUCCGCACAGAAUCAAUUUGCCUGGCAUCCGUCUGGCGAGCUGCACAUGUCCAUGGGUGCCGGUGGGGGGUCGGUUUCAUUGGACACCCGGGCGCACAAGGACGCUUCGCAGGAUGAUGUGGAGGUCAUGUCCACGGAAAGCUCCAGCUCUAGCUCAAGCGAUUCACAGUGAGCGCGGAUGGUGGUUGUGGUGAUUUUAUAGGAUUAAGAUUUUGCCGUGUAAUGUUAGCUGCAUGUGGAUGAUUGGAAAAAAACAAAUGAAACGAAACCCCUGCUGAUUUCUACUCAUGAAGCUUAUUUAUUUCUGACUCGACUUCAGCUGCCGUUUGGCGAACAUGUACGGAAAGAUUAAAUAUAGUAAAGUACAGCUGUAAGCAACAA